UGGAUAAGCACUCCUGUUAUGUAAUGUUAUAUAAUGUGAAUUAUUUAUAAGUUAUUUUAAAUACAUUGAGCUUCUUUAUCCAGUCAUCCCAGUUUUAGACUGGCUUUAAACGAAUUUUUCUCAUAUAUAUACAUAUAUGCAUUCAGUCAUCCAGCAAAUGGUCUAAUCGAGUCAUCAGCGCGUGCAUUCAAAUGCGAGACAAAGGCUCGCACGGCCAGUGUACGGAGACAUUAGUUUAUAUUUUUAAAAAUAUCGGAUUUUAAUUUUCAUAUUCCUCGAUUUCCACGUUUAUUUUUCCAGCUUUUGGUGAAGCAAUAAAUGCAAGAAUAAAUAAAUGAAUUUAUAAAACUUAACGUAACUAAAAAAAAAGUUUAGAUCUUAGCAUCAUAUAGCGCAUCUUUGGAAUUCGUUGUUUUCCUCCUGGUUUUUAUCGCGUGGCCCGAAGUGCACAACAGUCAUUUUCUGUUUAGUCAGUUGGCCUGUCAAAGACAAACUGUAUAUAUUUAGACAAGCGUAUUUAUUUAGAAUGGAAUACGUUUUCUUCAUAGCUGUAUUUCCUCCUUUACUUUUUUUAAAUUUUUUUAUUUAUUCACCUAUGAUGAAGACACGUGUUCAUAAUCAGUGGCGACGGGAGGGAGGGGCUAGCGGGGUCUUAAGACAAGUUCAGAUCAAUGAUUCGCAACGAGACAGGAUGCAACUUGAUCUGAUCAUUGAUCUGAACUGAUCUUUGGUAGUUAGUCUGAAAAGGCUGAAUCUUGAGGCCACGGCGGAGAAUGGGUAGUGAGGGAAAGGUUCAAAGAGGGACAGGGAGUUCGUUCCACUGCUGGGGAGCUAGCGAUGAUGUGAUGAAGUAUAUACUCAAGUACGAUGGAUACAGCUAAUUAUGGCAGUCCUAAGUAUUCUGGGUUCAGGCUCCAUAAUCGUCUAUGCAGCUAUCCAGAACCUGAUAAGGACACCUGAGGUGCAGCCCCUGUUCCUGCUGAGUGUGACGGACCUGCUGCUCAGCUUCAGCUGGCUGGUCGGAGCAGUGCUCUUCUCCCAUGUCUGUGAGGGACAUGCCACCUGCUACAACCUGAACACCAUCCAACAGAUAUUCUACUUGUCCUCGUUCUUCUACACGCUGAACUACAUCUGGGUUCUCUACACGGGCCUGAAGGAGAAGUACCACGGUCAUCAGGGUGGCUACAACACUCAGAUUCCCAGGAGUGCGAGCUCGUUCAGAAGCAUCGUAGCUGUCCUGUCAUGUCUGCUACCAGUGAUGCUGAUGGUGCCGGUGUUUGCCGUGGUGAACUUGGAGCACUGCUACACCAAUUUCAGCCGGCCCUACAAGUGUCUCCUGAUGCACACCGGCCCGCUGUACCCCUCCCCCGGCAACCGGACGGUCAGCGGCGCCUGCUACGGCAUCUACGUCUACGGCACCGCCGUCUUCCUCUCCGCGUUCCUCCUCACCUUCCUGGGCAUCGUGGUGCUCAUGGGAAAGGCGCGGGCCCUGUACAAGCGCUGUGCCACCUCCAACGGGUUCCUGGGCGAGCGGCAGUGGGAGGUGCUGCGGUUUCUGGAGAGGCGCAUGCUGCUGUACCCCUCCGCCUUCUUCUUCUGCUGGGGCCCAGCCAUCAUCCUCGCCAUCAUCAUCCUCAGUGACCGAGACGCAGUGCAAGGAGCCCUGGGCUACGCGCUCUACAUAUUACAGGCGCUCACCUCGGGCUCGCAGGGCCUGCUGAACUGCCUGGUGUACGGCUGGACGCAGCGGCGCUUCCGGCGGCUCCGGCGGCCGAGCAGCGGCGACGUGCGGCACGCCGACACGCAGACGCCGCUGCUGCGCGCGCAGAAGAGCGCCUACUCCACCCUGCGCUAGGGAGCGGUCGCUAGGGCGACGCCACGGCAACUCCACGGCGACGCCACGGCAACACACAGCAUCCCCCCCCCCCCCCCCCCCCCCCUUCCCCUCCCAAAGGACUCUGGGACCGACUGACCACUCGCUAGGUUGCCACAGGUCUGAGGAGCCGGCCUCGUCUUUGAGGGCGGAGCCUCUUCUUAAAGGGGCGGCAUCGCCUAGGCGCCGGCUGCGGCGCUAGGGAAACUGCUACAUCACCGUGGGGACCGCCGGCGGGAGCCGAGCCAGACUGCGGGGGAAUCACAGAGAAAGGGAAAAAAAAAGAGAAUCACCGCGCAAACAGGAUAUGAGAGUGCACCUGGCAACCCGUGCCAAAACUUCGUUAUUGCGGUGCCUGCCUUUGAGGGCUGUAGUCUCAUAGUCAUCGUAAGACCGAGAAGCUGUAUGAUUACUUUUUAUUUUAUUUUAUUUAGACGUUUAUAAUCGAGGAUGCAUAUGAACAGUGUCUUGUUACAUGGGGGGGAGAGGAAGCUGGUCCAUUCCUGCGUAGUUUUUAUUUUUUUUUAAAUAGACGGUUCUUUUGAAGAGUGGGAUUCAGUUUUCUCCCUCUGUGAUUGCAAGGGACUUUUUACUGAUUGUUUCUGGACAUCCCUUAGAUGUGUCAACACGCCUGUGUGUUGACACAAAAGAGGAACCACAGCCCACGUUAUUUCUAAUAUUGCGCAGGCCUUGCCGGCUACCGCUAGCAUUGCUAGCCUUGCUAGCCUGAGCAGCACAAGACUUUGCCUUGCUAGCUACCACUAGCCUACGCCCGCGCACGCUGCUAUGCGCUCGAGUGCGUGCUUUCAGAGUCCGCGACCCUGUAAAAUUUGGGCCUCGGUCACAGCAGGACGGAGGAGGGAACUGGGUCGUCCCGCCUCGUUGUGGUAGAGCAAUUUGGGAAGGGAUGCAAGCUUUUUUGUUUGCCCCCAGACCGUGGUCGCUAACCCAGUUUAGCACAAGCUGCCACUUUGACCCGUUUUCAGAAAACUGACCUGUAUCGUUGCCAUACAAAAAAAAAAAAAAAUUCAUAAAUAAACUGAAUGUCUUUGAUUCGUGUUUCCAAAUGUGUGCUGAAUAUGACUGUGGACAGACCGCUAUUGUCCUAGUUCAGUCACAGUGAUGUGCUUGAUUUAACAUUGUUUGUGUUUGUCCUUCCAUCUGACCGUUAUGUAGAGACUGUAUGAACUGCGCUCUCAAGUUGUUACUUGCAAUUUUGUUUUUAAUUUUAUUAUAUUUUAUUUGACGAGACAAUGAAUGAAUUGAAUCUUUUGCAGCAGCAGCCAUCUCACAAAUAUGAUACAAGCCAGUGGUGGCACAUUUAUUGACGUUUUUAAACCACCAAAAUAAAAUUUUGUCAUUGCUUUUCUAAGAAUGAAA